CGGGAACAGCCAACGGUGGCUGCAGAAGAACUCGUACUGGAGCAGCGAGGAGCAGAGUAGAAGGACUAUGUCGACCCAGAACCCUACGAAAUGGCGGUUCACAUGGGAAGCUCAAUCUCACGUCCCAAUCCUUCGGUUAUUCAUCUUCGAUUCGUACACUAAUCCUUCCACUCAGUGCCAUAAUCUCAAGGUCCAUCUAAAUCUUUCUAAAUCUCUGGUACUCGUUAGCUUCUUCGAAGACCUUGAAGUCUCGCUUAGGGUUCCGGCUCCUAGGGUUUUGAUCGACUCCGAAACUCCGGUGAGUUUCCGAGCCUUAGAUGAUCACAUUGAGGUCAAGCUUGUCCUGCUUCUUCCGGUGGAUCAUCCAAUCGUUACGAGCUUCGACUCCGUGUUCAACUUGUCCCAAGGCAACGAAAUCUCGUUCUACGAUGCAUCGAAGCAGCUAGAAAUGGACUCUGAUCUGAAGAUUCUGUGUUCUGGUGGAGGAGUUCAUUUUUACUGUAGAAGUUGCUCGUUUAAGCUGACAAAAAAUCAUAUCAGAAAUUUUGUUGAAAUGCCGUCAGUCGAUUGGAGAGAGGUGGCUGAUAACUGGUUUGGGACUUGCUGUUGUUCCUUUGGAGGUGUAAGUGAGAAGUUGGUGACUAGAUAUGCAAAUGCCUACACAUGUGUUGAGGGUACUUGCCAAUUGAAUUCAACAACCAUUACCAUUUCCAAGAAUGAUCUUGUGGAAUGGAAAUUCCCUGAUUGGGUUGGAUGCCAGCGUAAUUUUUCUGGACCAGAUUUCAAACACGACGAUGGAGUCAGUGAAGCUAUUCUAGAUUCUGGAAGUAAGUGUGCAGGAAUCAAAACCUGUGAUGAUUCCAGUGAGGAAAUGUGCGCUUCUAAAGGAAAACCAAGGUUCAUGCAUUAUGAGAAUGAAAAUAUUGCUUCAAAAUUCAAAUGUGGAGUUAAGGAGGAAGAAACUAAUGAUGAUGCUUCCUUUUUAUUGUUGCCAGAACCAAAUCUCUCUAAAGAUGUGGCAUCGGCACCUGGUUGUUGUGGUCAUAUUAAAAGCCAAGCUCUGAAUCAUAUGGAUGAAGGUUGCACACAUCAUGUGUUUGAGACUAAGGAGAUCAGUGAAAAUCAGAAAUGUUUGCUCAAUGGCUUUCUUGGGAAUAUAUUCAUGGUUAGAUCCUUCAAUCAGUCGGCUGAUAUUGAGUGGAUUGAAUAUGUUUGCCCUCAUUGUUCAUCUCUUCUUGGAGCUUACCCAUGUGGAAAUGGUUCUGGGCCUAUAGAUCUUGGAGUUCGGUUAUUUAAAUGUUAUAUUUCCACUUGUUUGCCAGUUGGGGGAUCGGGAGAUUCAUUCAGGAAGUAUACCUUGGAAAGAAUGUUUACAAAUCAACUACUGGAAAGUGCAAAGGAUGAAUCAUCAUAUCGGACUGUGGUCAGGGAUGUGAAAACAAAAUCCCCCUUGCUGCAAAUCGUUCUUCUGAAUCCAAAUUCUUGGUGCUUUACUGGUUACUGUUUGGGCGCAGACGAGAACACCGGAUCAGUUUUGAAUAUAAAUCUGCAGCCUGUUAUCAAAGUGCUAUUUUCUGACUGCAACAACAGUUCGGAAUCCAAAUCAAGGAUGAUAGAAGACUGGGAAACAAAGAAUUUAGCUGAUGAAGUUUUCAUGUUGACACGUCAAAUAAAAGAAUUGAUUAAAUCCCUGGUUUCGAGAAAGGAUAUACUUCCACCCUCGUUUUCUUGUCUUCAAGGUUUAUCUUUGUCAUCUAUGCAGAGGUAAAGUACCCAUUUCUGUUCUAACCAUAUAUGAAGUUAGAAGACUGGGAAACAGAAUUUAGCUGACCAAGUUUUCGUGUUGGCACGUCAAAUGAAAGAAUUGAUCAAAUUUCUGGUUAGUGGUUGCGAGAAAAGGAGAUACUUACCUCAUUUUCUUGUCUUCAAGGUUAUCUUUGUCAUCUAUGCAGAGGUAACAGUCCCCAUUUCUGUUGUAACUGUGUAUGAAGACCGAGAAAAAGUGAUGUCUACCCCUUUUAUGAUGAUUUUGUUGAAAGAUCAUACAUUCAUGUUAUCAAUGAAAGAGUAGCAAAAGCAUUUUUCCAAA